CCUACAACGCCGGCCAGACACAAGACCGAAUAAAGGGGGCGAUCCCAAGACAAGACAGAGAGAGGCGGCUCGCUUCCAGCCCAGCAACCAGAAACCUCUGCGUCUGCGAUCCGGCGGAUGGCCUCGCCGCCGGCGGAAGGAAGGGAGGAAGCGAUGAGAAAGCGGCAGGAGAGGGAGAAAGAUGAGGCCGGCGGUACUGCCAGCCAGCAGAGGAUGAGGGCGGCUGCGCCCGUCUUCACCAUGGACGACCUCGACGUGCUCGACUGCGCCGUCUGCUGCCACCCCCUGCGCCCUCCCAUUUUCCAGUGCACUCAGGGUCAUACCAUAUGUUCCUCUUGCCAUGACAAGCUCCCAGGCAACUGCUGCUUCUGCUCCCUUUCCACAGUCUACAAUCGCUGCCACAGGCUAGAAGAUGUGGUUGAAUCCCUCAAAUCUGCUUGCCCCAAUGGAUGCCCAGCGAGGAUAAAAUACUACCAAAAAGAAGACCAUGAGAAAGAUUGUCCUCCGCACGCGCCAUGCUUCUGUCCCAUAGCCGACUGCGGCUUCAGCGGACCAACUGCAAUGCUCGUGGAGCAUUUCUCAGCCAAGCACAAUUUGCGCUCCCUGGAAGUUCCAUACAGCGAGUGGUUCGGGAUAUACAUGCACGUCAAUGCUUAUCCUCCCACAGCAGCAACCGCUCUUGUGGGUCAGGAUGGACACCUUUUCCUGGUCUGCAUGAAGCUGGAGCCCUCCGGUGGUGUCAUCAAGGUCUGCUGCGUCCAGCCUCACAUUCCUCGAACUAAGUUCAAGUGCGGGCUGGCAUUGUCAUGCACCAAAACGGGCUACUCCCAGGCUACCGAGUUCCAAUUGAAGAACACUGAUCUGUAUGAUGGGCUUCCCGAUGAUGGCUUCCCAUUCCUUGUGCCCAAGGUCUUGCUUCCAGCUGCCGGUAUAAGUGCCACCAUCGUUGUGCGUAUGGAACUCACGCCACAAUAA